ACAGUACCUAAAACAAUCACACAAGCGCCGGCUGUGCUCUUAAGUACGAAAAGUGCGCGUAUCGAAUUGAGAAGUGGGAAAAGUAAAAGAAAUAUCUUUAUAGAAAAAACAAACAAAAACGUUAAGUGAAAGUUCCACUUUGCGAUUUUUAUUUAUUUUUCUUUCGUAAAUUUACUUAAACCCCUAUUUUCCAACCAACCAAAGGGUCAUCUAUUUAGUUAGUGCAAUAAUGAGCGCUCAACCACCACCACCACCAGCAUCCGCAAUACCCACUCCCGCGGAGGCAAAACCUGCUUCCAGCAUUGUGGUUGCGCCAACUGCUGUCAACUAUGUCACUACGGCUGGCACAUCAUCUGUGGCUGCACAAACGACUGCUUCAACAAACUCAGUGCCGAAUUCGGUGGCGAAUGUCGUUACCAUACCCGUGCCGAUCGUUCAAAACGAAGAGAACUACACGUAUGUGACGGUGAAGGGUUCGUUGCACGAUCGCUCAUGCACCGUUUUCGGACUCAACGAUGCAGAAGUCCAAGCGCUGUCAAAACGUUUCGAUACUGGUUUAAAACACACCUUGAAUGGUGUAAUGGUGGGGAUUCCACCGAUGAAUAUGGUGAAUACAUUAGCGCAAUUGAGCUACAAAGUAAUUUGUAGUUGUGGUGAGGCGGAGAUCAGUUGGACUAUGCAACGCGAAGUUUAAAUACGACUACAAGAAAUAUGAUAAUUAAACUUCUAAAGUUGAAUACGUUUUGAAAUUUGCAAAUUUAAUUGUUAACUAAAAAGACAUUAACAUAAAUGCUAUGCUGAUAGAAAAAAAGCUAAAAAAUUAAGAAAAUUGUAAACAUAUUAUUUUUCU